UCGGGCAUAUCCCAUAAACAAUAGCAGCCUCUGCAUUUCUUUCAACUUUUGCAAUUCAUUAAUAGGAGGAAUUUCAUUCAUACAAGCCACCACUAUUCACAGGGGGGCAGUGUUUGGGGGAGUGUGUUUGUGCCUGUGUGGUGAUAUAAUCUAUAUCUAUAUAUUUAUAAUAUAAUAAUAAGAUAAAAGUAGGUGAGUAGGCGUCGUGGCAGUCUAUAAUAUAGGGGUAUACACUCUUUUCUUUCUCUCACACAAUUCAGAAAAAGAGCAUUGCUUUUUUCUUCUGGAAUUUAGAAAGAGAGAGAGACAGAGAGGUGUGGGUUGCGUGCGAUUUGAAGCAAUUCCGUUUGGACAUCCUUCGACUGAACAGAAUCUCCUCUGCUUCUAUACUCUUUUUCUUCUUUUUCGCUUCCUUAUAUUUUACUCCCCCACAUUUACUGCGGCUAUCCCAUGCACCCAAUGCUCUAACACCCACUCUGCAACUCCCUACGGAGAGACAGCCCGGCAAGAUUUUCAGUUUAUUUAUUUAUAUAGCUUUUAUAUCACACUCCAAGAACCAUUACUACACCAGUACCUCUCACUUCCCACGUUUCUUUUGGGGUUUCUCUGGUGACCGCUCGUGAGGUUUUUGGGUGGUUUCUUGGUUUUGAUAGCCUGGGUUUUAAAGAUUGCUGCUUUUCUUGAGGUUUAAGGAUGUGGGUUUCCUUUGCUUUCAGUUUUGGAUAGAGUUUUAAGUUGUUUGGUUGUGGUUGUGUUUAUUGAGAGUGGGUAUUGUAUUGUUGAGACAAAAGAGAUGGAGGAAUAUUCAAGAAAGGGUGAAAGGUAUGAGGAGGAAAAGCUUGAGCUGAGGCUUGGUCCACCAGAUGGAGGGUGGUCCAUGAGAGGAAGGGAGGAGUCUUCACUUCUCAGUUUUGGGUAUUUCUGUAACAAUAAUGGUGGGAAGAGAGGGUUUAUGGAGUGUGUUAAUGGAGGUCAAGCCCCCCACCCCCACAAGUUCUCUUCAUUUCUUCAGCUGAGUUCUCAGCAUCAAGGUAUGGGUGUGACUGUGAGGCCAGAGGAAUCAUCACAGCCUGGUUGCAACAAAGGAGUAGAGGUGCAGAGUUGUUCAGAAAAGAAGGCAUUCUCAGACUCACCACCUGCAAAUACAACAGCCACAGCUGUGCUCAACACCUCUCAGAAAAGGACUGCUGCUGCUCCAGUUGUGGGGUGGCCUCCACUGCGUUCAUUUAGGAAGAAUCUUGCAAGUAGCAGCAGCUCUCAGAAACCAGUUUCUGAGGCCCAAAAUGUGGUCCCAAACAAGGCUUCCAGUGAAAAACCCAUGGAAAGUAGUAACCAGAAAGGCUUGUUUGUUAAGAUCAACAUGGAUGGGGUUCCCAUUGGAAGGAAAGUGGACCUUAAAGCCUAUGACAGCUAUGACAAGCUUUCCUCGGCUGUUGAUGAACUGUUUAGAGGACUUCUUGCAGCGCAAAAUGAACCUUGUGCUGGUGGAAAAUGGAACAAGGAAGAAGGCGAGAAAGCCAUUACGGGGUUGCUGGAUGGGAGCGGGGAAUAUACCCUUGUUUAUGAGGAUAAUGAAGGGGACAGGAUGCUUGUUGGGGAUGUCCCUUGGCACAUGUUCGUGUCUGCUGUGAAGAGGCUGCGCGUGUUGAAAAGCUCUGAACUUUCCACGCUAAGAUGUGGGAAGCAGGUGAAGCUUUGAGGUUUAGGAAGAUGAAGCAGCCAUUUGUGUGCAGAAGUUGUUGUUUCUGCAACUGACAAAUUAGAGAGAGCAAAAAUUGAUGGUGUUUGAGCAGAAAGAGAGAUUGUAUGUAGAUUAUGACUUUUGGAUUUGGGAUGAUAUGAUAAUUUCACUUGCCUUUAUUAUACUUUUGGAUUAUAGUCUCCCCAAAAGUUAGUUGUGUAUGAAAAAACAGACAACCAGAUGUUUUUACCAGUAAAAUUUUCUUACCAAGUAUUUGUAA